AUGCAGAUUUUCGUAAAGGCAGUCGAGGUCGAGUCCUCGGACACCAUUGACAAUGUCAAAACCAAGAUCCAAGACAAGGAGGGAAUCCCACCGGACCAGCAACGUCUUAUCUUUGCCGGAAAGCAGCUCGAAGAUGGUCGCACGUUGAGCGACUAUAAUAUCCAAAAGGAGUCGACUCUUCACCUUGUCCUCCGUCUUCGUGGUGGCAUCAUCGAGCCAUCGCUGAAAGCAUUGGCUUCCAAGUACAACUGCGAGAAGCAAAUCUGCCGCAAGUGCUACGCUCGUCUCCCGCCCCGUGCCACCAACUGCCGCAAGCGUGCAUGUGGCCACUCUAGCCAGCUUCGCCCUUAA